AUGUCUCAAGAGGAAUGUAAUAUCACUUCCGCUAUUAUUGGUAAAACUCUCAAGAUUAAAGAGAACAUCACUCGCAUUCAACAUUUCACAGCUCAGCAUGAUGAUUCGAAGGACGCUUUUAGAGCCUUUGAGCUUGAGCUGAAGUAUGACAUCUCCAAGGUAAAUAUACCAAGGGAAGACCUCGCCGCCAAUUGCCUGGAGCAGACACGAGGAACUUCUCGCCGCCAAUUGCCUGGAGCAGACAUGAAGCAAGGCAUUUCCUUGGUAAAUAUACCAGGGGAAGUCCUCAUCGCCGAGGAACUUUGGCAUAGUUGCACCCUCGUUGUCCACCAGCUUGCUGAUCAAGUAGUUAUUUUUAUCGAUCAAAACCGAUCAGAAAAGACGCGACGUGUCACAAAAACGUAG